AUGCAUGCUGACUGCAAGCUUCCUACAGUUGAAUAUAUCGAUCCCAUUAUUUCUGCUGAGAUUCCAAAUAUCGAUGAUGAUCCAGAAUUAUAUUCACUUGUCAAGGAGUUCAUGAUUCACGGUCCAUGUGGAGCUGAAAAUUUGAAUUGCCCAUGCAUGGUUAACAGAAAGUGUUCUAAAAACUUUCCAAAGCAAUUUUGUAAUCAUACUUCAGUUGAUUCAAAUGGUUUUCCGUUAUAUAGGAGAAGAAAUGAUGGACAUUUUGUUAAAAAAUCUGGUGUUCAGUUAGAUAACAUAAGUGUUGUUCCAUACAACAAAUAUUUAUUGAAAAGAUAUCAGGCACAAAUUAAUGUUGAAUGGUGCAAUCAAGGAUCCUCCAUUAAAUAUUCGUUUAAAUAUAUAAACAAGGGUCCUGAUGGAGCUACUGUUUCUAUGGAGCGAACCAAUAAUGAUUCUGAUAACAACGAUGCAGGGGAUGAAAUUAAAGAAUACUAUGAUUGUAGAUAUAUUUCUGCAUAUGAAGCAUCAUGA